UCUCAAUAACCUCAUCUGCUUAGCUUGUCUACCAGCCAUUCUCUUUCCCACCUUAUCCAUUUUCUUCCAUCUCUCACCAUACAAAGUUUCAUUUUCUUCCCUCCCUCCCACUAUCAUUUACUUCCAUAUACUUAACAAACAACUCUUCAUAAACCAACCAUCACAAAAAGAAGAUAACAAUGGCCACUCUAUCUCCACCUACCAUUACUGCUACUUCUACCACUACCAUUGCCAGCUCUAGGAGGAUGAAGAAGAAUGUGAAUUACAUAUCUGGGCUGAACUCUUUUGGCGGGUUGAAGGCUCACAAUAGUGUAGCCUCACUAGGCCUUCCAGUAUGCACUGAGCAAUCCUUUGCUAAGGUUGUGAGCUCCUUGAAAGUUCCAUCAAAGAGCAAAGGUAGAGGUGGGGGAGCUCUGUCUUCUACUUGUAAUGCUGGUGGUGAGAUAUUCAAGAUUGCAGUCAUCAUGAAUGCGCUGACUCUUGUUGGAGUGGCAGUGGGGUUUAUUCUUCUUCGAAUUGAAGCUUUUGUUGAAGAGUCUGAGUGAGAAUUUUAUUUUUAACAACUUCUGUUUUUUUAUGUUUUUUGUUCAUCAAGAUUGUAAUUUUCUUUAGUCUUUCUUUCAAUUGAUGCAGUACUGAAUUGCUUUUGGAUAUUAAACACAAACAAAAUUUGCAAAUUGAGCUUCCUUUUAAAACACAUAUCAAAGAGAAGGAUGAUAAACAAGUUUCUAUUUUGAUUUGA